CGAACGCCUUCGCGGGAUCGCCCUGGAAACGCAUUCUCCGGGACAGGCAGCCACCAAUGGGAAAGGAGUGAGUGCCACGAACAGGCCAAUAAGGAGGGAGCAGUGCGGGGUUUAAACCUGAGGCUGGGCCUGCUUUUCCCGGCGUGCUGCGGAGGAACGGCUGUUGGUCUCUGCUGGGUGCAGGUCCUCGGCUGGUCGGGGCUCCGGUGUUCUGCUUCUCCCCGCUGAGCUGCUGCCUGGUGAAGAGGAAGCCAUGGCGCUCCGAGUCACCAGGAACUCGAAAAUUAAUGCUGAAAAUAAGGUGAAGAUCAGCAUGGCAGGCGCAAAGCGCGUUCCUACGGCCCCUGCUGCAACCUCCAAGCCCGGAUUGAGGCCAAGAACAGCUCUUGGGGACAUUGGUAACAAAGUCAGUGAACAACUGCAGGCCAAAAUGCCUAUGAAGAAGGAAGUAAAACCUUCAGCUACUGGAAAAGUUAUUGAUAAAAAACUACCAAAACCUCUUGAAAAGGUACCUAUGCUGGUGCCAGUGCCAGUGUCUGAGCCAGUGCCAGACCCAGAACCUGAGCCAGAACCUGAGCCUGUUAAAGAAGAAAAACUUUCGCCUGAGCCUAUUUUGGUUGAUACUCCCUCUCCAAGCCCAAUGGAAACAUCUGGAUGUGCCCCUGCAGAAGAAGACCUGUGUCAGGCUUUCUCUGAUGUAAUUCUUGCAGUAAAUGAUGUGGAUGCAGAAGAUGGAGCCGAUCCAAACCUUUGUAGUGAAUAUGUGAAAGAUAUUUAUGCUUAUCUGAGACAACUUGAGGAAGAGCAAGCAGUCAGACCAAAAUACCUACUGGGUCGGGAAGUCACUGGAAACAUGAGAGCCAUUCUAAUUGACUGGCUAGUACAGGUUCAAAUGAAAUUCAGGUUGUUGCAGGAGACCAUGUACAUGACUGUCUCCAUUAUUGAUCGGUUCAUGCAGAAUAAUUGUGUGCCCAAGAAGAUGCUGCAGCUGGUUGGUGUCACUGCCAUGUUCAUUGCAAGCAAAUAUGAAGAAAUGUACCCUCCAGAAAUUGGUGACUUUGCUUUUGUGACUGACAAUACUUACACUAAGCACCAAAUCAGACAGAUGGAAAUGAAGAUUCUAAGAGCUUUAAACUUUGGUCUGGGUCGGCCUCUACCUUUGCACUUCCUUCGGAGAGCAUCUAAGAUUGGAGAGGUUGAUGUUGAGCAACAUACUUUGGCCAAAUACCUGAUGGAACUAACUAUGUUGGACUAUGAUAUGGUGCACUUUCCUCCUUCUCAAAUUGCAGCAGGAGCUUUUUGCUUAGCACUGAAAAUUCUGGAUAAUGGUGAAUGGACACCAACUCUACAGCAUUACCUGUCAUAUACUGAAGAAUCUCUUCUUCUGGUUAUGCAGCACCUGGCUAAGAAUAUAGUCAUGGUAAAUCAAGGACUUACAAAGCACAUGACUGUCAAGAACAAGUAUGCCACGUCGAAGCAUGCUAAGAUCAGCACUCUACCACAGCUGAAUUCUGCACUAGUUCAAGAUUUAGCCAAGGCUGUGGCAAAGGUGUAACUUGUAAACUUGAGUUAUAUUUACAAAUAAAAUUGGCACCAUGUGCCAUCUGUACAUAUUACUGUUGCAUUUCCUUUUAAUAAAGCUUAUGGCCCCUUUUACUUUUUUAUAGCUUAACUAAUUUGAAUGUGGUUACUUGCUACUGUAGGGUAGCGGAAAAGUUGUCUUAAAAGGUAUGGUGGGGAAUAUUUUUAAAAACUGCUUUUGGUUUACCUGGGGAUCCAAUCGAUGUAUAUGUUUAUAUACUUGGUUCUUGUUUUAUGUACCUGGCUUUUACUUUAUUAAUAUGAAUUACUGAAGGUGAUGGAGGUAUUUGAAAAUUUUACUUCCAUAGGACAUACUGCAUGUAAGCCAAGUCAUCAUGGAGAAUCUGCUACGUAGUUCUAUUUUAAAGUAAAAGUCUACCACCAAAUCCCUAGUCACCCUGUUAGAAUUCUGUUUCUUCUGGUGAUUGCUGCCAUAAUUCUAAGUUAUUUACUUUUACCACUAUUUAAGUUAUCAACUUUAGUAUCUUCAAACUUUCACUUUGAAAAAUGAGAACUUUAUAUUCUAAGCCCAGUUUUCAUUUUGGUUUUGUGUUUUGUUUAAUAAAACAAUACUCAAAUA